AUGACCAAGCAAGACACGACCAUGAGAUUAGGACGACUGUUUCGACGUGUACUUGCCGUAUCUUGCGCUGUAUUCAUGUCAAUGCCUAUGGUAUCCAAUGCGAUAAUUCUUCGGCUUGAUGGACUCGAAGAACAGUGUUUCCAUGAGUAUGUGCGUACGAAGCGUACGGCCUUUAUACGAAUUGGUGUGCUGGAAUCCUUUGGCACGUACAGCGUGCGUUUGAAAGCGUUUGGUCCGUUUCCCUCAUAUCCAGUGGAAGUGGAAGUGAAUCAGAAUUUUUUUGAUCGAUUGGUAACGACAGUACAGGAUGAAAAGAAUCAGAAUAUCGAGCGUAGCGGGUUUAAUUUUAAUUCAGAGCAUCGAGGAGGAUGGUAUCGCUUUUGUCUUGAUAAUUCCCAUGAUAGUAAUCAGAAGACAGUCGAGUGGUACACAUCAUAUGAUUUGUCAAACAAAGAAGAGUUGGGUGAGGAAGAUGAGUUGGAGAAUCAAAUACGUAAAGAGCAUUUAACUGGUGUAAAGACGUCACUUGAUCGAUUGGAGACACUGUUGAAACUCAUUCGCAAUGAGCAGGAUUAUUAUCGUGCUCGAGUGCACCGUCACGUUCAAACACUAUACAGCAGCGAGUCUCGUAUCAUGUAUUAUACGGUCUUUGAGUUGGUUGUAUUGGGUGUCAUGUAUGGCGUGCAGUCCUUCCUGCUCCACAAAUGGUUCAGCGAUCGUGACUCUCUCUCAAAGCACCGAUGGGUGUAA